AUGGAUAACGAGUCGCAGUAUUCCGGCUAUUCCUACAAAUCCGGCCAUUCCCGCAGCUCCCGCAAGCACAGGGACCGGCGGGAGCGGCGCCGCUCCAAGAGCCGGGACGGGACGCGCGGGGACAAAUCGGUGACGAUCCAGGCGCCGGCGGAGCCGCUGCUGGACGCGGAAUCCACGCGGGGCGAGGAGCGGGACGACAACUGGGGCGAGACCACCACGGUGGUGACGGGGACGUCGGAGCGCAGCGUCUCCCACGAGGACCUGGCGCGCCUGGCCGAGGACGCGGAGGACGGCGCCGGCCCGGAGCGCUCCCGCCGGCUGUGCGCGGCGCUGGGCGCGGCGCUGGCGCUGCUGGCCUUCCUCACGCCGCCGGCCUUCCUCCUCCUCCCGCAGCUGCUGUGGCGCGAGCAGCUGGAGCCCUGCGGCGCGCCCUGCGAGGGGCUCUUCAUCUCGGUGGCCUUCAAGCUCCUGGUGCUGCUGCUGGGCAGCUGGGCGCUGUUCUUCCGCCGCCCCGAGGCGUUCUUCCCGCGCGUCCUGGUGCUCCGCGCGCUGCUGAUGGUGCUGGUCUUCCUGCUGGUCGCGUCCUACUGGCUCUUCUACGGCGUGCGGGUGCUGGAGCCGCGGCUGCGCGACUACCGCGGCGUGGUGGCCUUCGCCGUGUCGCUGCUGGACGCGCUGCUCUUCCUGCACUACCUGGCCGCCGUGCUGCUGGAGCUGCGGCAGCUGCGCCCGCGCUUCACGCUCAAGGCCGUGCGCUCGGCCGACGGCGCCAGCCGCUUCUACAACGUGGGGCACCUCAGCAUCCAGCGAGCGGCCGUGUGGAUCCUGGAGAAUUACUACCACGACUUCCCGGUGUACAACCCCGCGCUCCUCAACCUCCCCAAAUCCGUCCUGGCCAAGAAAAUGUCCGGGUUUAAGGUUUAUUCCCUCGGCGAGGAGAAUUCCACCAGCAACUCCUCGGGGCAGCCGCGGGCGGUGGUGGCGGCGGCGCGGCGCCGCGACAGCGGCCACAACGAGUUCUACUACGAGGAGGCCGAGCACGAGCGCCGGGUGCGGAAACGCCGCGCCAGGCUGGUGGUGGCGGUGGAGGAGGCCUUCACGCACGUCCGGCGGCUGCGGGCCGAGGAGCCGCGGCCGCCCCGCGAGGCGCUGGACCCGCGCGAGGCGGCGCAGGCCGUCUUCGCCUCCAUGGCGCGCGCCAUGCAGAAGUACCUGCGCGCCACGCGGCAGCAGCCCUUCCACAGCAUGGAGAGCAUCCUGCAGCACCUGCAGUUCUGCAUCACGCACGACAUGACCCCCAAGGCUUUCCUGGAGCGGUACCUGACGGCCGGCCCCACCAUCCAGUACCAGCGGGAGCGCUUCCCGGCGCGGCGCUGGACGCUGCUGAGCGAGGAGCCGGUCACCAGCGGCCUCCGCGACGGCGCCGUCUUCGUGCUGCGGCGCCGCGAGUUCAGCCUGGUGGUGUCGGCCCGGAGGAUCCCCUUCUUCCGCCUCUCCGAGGAGUUCCUGGACCCCAAGUCGCACAAGUUCGUCAUGAGGCUGCAGUCGGAGACCUCGGUGUGAUUCCCUCGGGAGGUUUUUUCCCUCCCUUUUCCCCACCCCGGAUUUUUUUUUAUUUUAUUUUUUUUCCCCCCGGCUCCGGAUUUGGCUCCCGCGGCGCCGUGGGAAAAGCGGGAAUGCCGCUCCCGGCUCCGGCGUUUUCCUGGGAUGGCGACCGCUGGUCCUUGAGGAGGUGGCUGAGCCCCUCCUCAUCCUCCUCCUUCUCCUCCUCGUUCCCGAAAUCCGGAUCCUUCGGAUCCUCCGGGGCCGUAACUCAAGGGCUAAUCCCAAGAAUUCCCAGCUUCCCUGCACCAGCGCUGUGGAGCUCCUGCUCCCGUCCCAUUCCCCCGGGACGCCCGUCCUGGCCCCGGCCUCAAACCCCUGCCUUCGGCAU